AUGCCGACGCAAUCAAUCGAAAGCUGGCAGCUCAGCUUACUGAGGAACGGCACGCUGGAAGAUAUUCAUACUGCUGGCCAGUCAUUCAUGAGCCAUCUUGAAACCCGAAUGAACGAAAACGAAACCAAGAUGGAUGAAAACGGAAAUGCGCAGAAUUUCAGUCAGUUGCCGGGAAUAGAUGUGACGGACGACUGGCUCGACACGGAAGCGUUCGAUAUGAUCAAUGACUCUGGGGCUUUUGCUGAGAUGCCGGCCACCAUGUUCCCGGUAUCUGACCACGACGGCGUGCCAAAGAUCUAA